GCCCCGUGCCCGCCGCGGGGCUCGGAGGCGGCGGGGCCAUGGCCGAGCUGCGUGCAGGGCUGCGCUGCGGCCGCCCACUGCUCCUCCUCACAUGCCUCUUCGCGCCCGUCCUCGGGAAGCCCGGAGCCGGCCCGGCCGCCCGCGCCCCUCAGGCGGGUGUAUCUGAACCUUCUUUUGUUGCCAAGAGUGAAGAUCGUUUGUUUAAACAUUUAUUUGAAGACUAUCAAAGAUGGGUUCGCCCGGUGGAGCACUUGAAUGAUACAAUAAAAAUCAAAUUUGGUCUUGCAAUCUCUCAGCUAGUAGAUGUGGAUGAGAAGAAUCAACUGAUGACCACGAAUGUCUGGCUGAAACAGGAGUGGAUAGACGUAAAAUUAAGAUGGAACCCUGAAGAUUAUGCUGGAAUAACAUCUAUUCGUGUCCCAUCGGAUUCUAUUUGGAUUCCAGACAUUGUGUUAUAUGACAAUGCAGAUGGACGUUUUGAGGGGACGUCUACUAAAACUGUGGUAAAAUAUGAUGGCACCAUUGCUUGGACUCCACCAGCAAAUUAUAAAAGUUCUUGUACUAUUGACGUAACCUUCUUUCCCUUUGACCUCCAAAACUGCUCUAUGAAAUUUGGUUCCUGGACUUACGAUGGCUCCCAGGUUGAUAUAAUUUUAGAAGAUUAUGAUGUUGACAAAAGAGACUUUUUUGAUAAUGGAGAAUGGGAAAUAGUGACUGCAACAGGGAGCAAAGGAAAUAGAACUGAUGGAUGCUGCUGGUAUCCCUUUGUUACAUAUUCAUUUAUAAUUAGACGUUUACCACUUUUUUACACGUUGUUUCUCAUCAUUCCUUGUAUUGGACUUUCUUUUCUAACUGUCCUCGUCUUCUAUCUUCCUUCAAAUGAAGGUGAAAAAAUUUCCCUUUGCACUUCAGUCCUGGUAUCUCUGACUGUUUUUCUUCUUGUCAUUGAAGAGAUUAUUCCAUCGUCUUCUAAAGUUAUCCCACUUAUAGGAGAAUACUUGGUGUUUACUAUGAUAUUUGUGACAUUGUCCAUUGUGAUAACUGUCUUUGCUAUCAAUAUUCAUCACCGUUCUUCAUCUACACACAAUGCCAUGGCACCUUGGGUUCGCAAGAUAUUUCUUCACAAACUUCCCAAGCUGCUGUGCAUGAGAAGUCAUGUAGAUAGAUACUUUGCUCAGAAGGAGGAAAAAGGAAACAUGAGUGGAUCAGAAUCGUCUAGAAACACCUUGGAAGCAGCUCUAGACUCUAUCCGAUAUAUCACAAGGCAUGUUAUGAAGGAAAAUGAAGUUCGUGAGAAGUCCAUGUUGUUGUUAAUCAAAUAUUUUCAGAGACACAUGGCUGUUACAAGAGCACGUACAGUAACUGUUACCUGCAGUGCUGCUGAAUGUUGUUUUCAGAAUGAAAGAAGUUGUUGAAGACUGGAAAUUUAUUGCUCAGGUGCUUGAUCGAAUGUUCUUAUGGGCCUUUCUUCUGGUUUCAAUAAUUGGAUCACUUGUGUUAUUUAUUCCUGUUAUUCAUAAAUGGGCAAGUAUAAUAGUACCUGUGCAUAUAGGCAGUACAAAUACGUAAGAUAUUUUUGGAUCUGUCUCCUGCUAAUAUCAUUCUGAAAAGGUUUUGUAGUGUUAAGUUUCCAUGCAUGUUCUUUGUAGGCACGUUUCUGAUAGGAAGAAAAAUAAAAUCCUAAACCUAAAAAUUAUGAUGUUAAAGCAUGAUACGUAGGACUCACAAAGUCAAUUUGCUUAGUGCCAGUCUACUAAGGUACUUCUAAAUCAGGUCAUAAUCAAAGACCUUUGCAAAUACUUGCAUGCGUAUGUUAGAAGCAGUAUAUACUGACACCUACUGAGAAGUAGAAGGAUUGAGAUUUUUUUUAAUGAAGAUCACUGUAGUCCCAUUAUUAAGUUACUAUGGAAAAUAUUAUAUUUAUUACUAUUUUUUUUGCAGCUGCUUGCACAAUAGAGUUGCUUAUUUCAACUUACUAUAUUAUGCAAAUGAGAACUUGUAUCUACACAGUAAAUGAAAAAGUAUAAUAAAACCAUUGAUUGAACUUCCUUCCUUUUCAACAGACCAAAAAACAGAGCGAUCUGACUUGUUAUGCCUUUAUACAUUUUCAGUGGAAAAUUUGCUGCUAAACUUAAAAUCUUGUUAAUUCUACCAUAUUGAUGUGGCCAUGUGAUAUAUUGAGCCUUACAGUGCUUACAGGAUACGUGAGUAUUGACAUCUCUAUGUCAGCUAUAUCUCAUAUAUGUAUAUUUAUAUAUAAAAUUAUUUGUUAUAUCUCUAAAUUAUAUUAAUUAAAUAAUGGAUGUUAAUUCUUCAAAUUGAUUCCAGUGCUGCUAUUCUUAAAAGUUUUGUUUCUGGCAGAGACUCUGGAAGAGAGUGUUUGUCCUACACUUUAAGUUUUGUCCUUUUCUUUGUUCCUUCAUAACAUAGCUGUAUCCUGCAGGGCUAAUGUAUAGCUUUUGAAGCCCCCUGUGCAGGGAAAUGAUGCCAACUUAUCCUUAUUGCUAUUAUUUUUUUACCAAGUUACAAAUAAUCCUGGUUGCAAAAGGAGUCACUCUUCCUCUUCAGUUACACAAUUACAUCUGGCAUUAGAUAUCAGUAUUUUCUGCAUUCCCAUGUGAUUUAUUUUAAAAGUGAAUUUGCAAUCUGAUUUAAUCCAUUAGCAUAAUAACUUUCUCAGCAUUACUAAUAUUAAUGCAUCAGAAACUGUGUGUGAAAAUUGCAGAAGUGCUUUGGGCAUCUUAUUUCCUUUCCAAAUGCUAAGUUUCUUUUUAUAGUCCUCCUUAGCUUUGAAUUACUACAGUUUACCCUUACCUGAAAAGAAAACAAAGCAAGGAUAUUAGCUAUGUAUCUUUUUAGCUCCCCCCCUGUACCUUGUUCAAUAAUGUCUGAAGACUGCUUAAUUAUAUCAUGGGGUAAUUGGCAGCGUGGCCAACGGAGUUCCAGCCUUUGUACUAGUAACUCACAAUUUCUGCAAAUGCAUGAACUUCUUUCGGUCAUCUCUAUAAUCAGAUCACGAUAUCUGUGGAUGAAAAAGAUAUGCUGGAAUCCCUGAGGUUUUCAGCUCAUCCUCAGGUGUGUCUGAAAUGAGAUAAUUUUUAAUAGACUCGGAAGCACGGGCCUUUACGUAUGUAACUCCUUUCUGAAUGUGUUGAGGUGUAACUAAUGCUGCUUCAUGUCGCUUUUGUCUCUUGGUCAAAAUAAAUGAAAGAAAAUCACAAUGUUCAA